AUGCCGGUUGCUUCGACGACCACCCGACGGUCGGAAGGUACACCGUCCAAGCGGGCAGAGGGGCCGUCUACAUCCACAUCUGGGUUGACGAAACGGAGUGAAGUGCCGAGUCCGACGAGCAAGAGGAGUGAGGGCGGAGCGAGUACGAGGAGACCGAGGUCGCCUACGAGUCCUGCUAGCCUUGCGUCGAGAGCGCGCACGAUGCUUGUUCCCCCGCCGCCCCCUUCGAGCCCCAAAGCGAGACCGCAGAGACCACGGGUGAUUGUGACGCCUCCCUAUGCGGCGGACGAGCCUGAUCCCGAGCCCGAGCCCAUCCCGACGCACGUGUCUGCGCCCGAGCUGAUGCGACGACCCUCGCCUGUACCGUCUAUCCGCCGGAGCCGACCGCACCUCACAGACCAUGCGUCGCUGGUCUCUUCAACUGGCGCCGAGUCCACACGCUGGUUCAGUUUUGCGCUGCCCAGGUGGGGCGGGGCGAGCUCCCAUGACCCAGAGCGCGAGCGCGAGCGGGAAGAAGAGGAAGAGCGCGACCACGAUGGCGGACGCAAGUUUCAUUGGCCGUUUAUGGCUGGUUUGGGCAACCUCGGGAGCGGUCCUACUGCUGCCCAGUUGGAGAAUCUCGCACAGAGGCUCGAGGAGCGUCAUGAUCAUGACCAUGUUCGGGCUCACGACUAUGACCGCUCCCAUGAACAAGAAGAGCGUCGAGAGGAAGAAGUGCAAGAAGAAGAAGAGGAAGGAGAUACGCCCAGGCGCUCGCGCUCGCUUUCCUCUCGUUCUGUCCAGUCGCUCCCACCCCGCAUGCCAUCCCCCUCGCCCUCGCUUGUCCUCCCUCCACCCGAGCUCCCCCAGCAAGACGCAGUGCCGUCGCCCAUGACCCCGCGACACGACAUGUUUACCACCGCUCAUAGCAAGACACCCGGAUGGGCCAGUCCCUGGAACCCCGCGCGAUUGUUCCCGGGCUCGGUCGCCAGUUCGCCCGUGGGUAGGAAGAAGCGACGACGAGGCAAGCGAGCCGACGAGGAGAAGAGGUGGGAAGGUGUUCCCGGCGCACCCGACCGCACCUACCGCGACAAUUUCCAUUCCCGUGAUCGUUCGUGGGGAGGAGCAGCAUGGGACCCCGUCCAGAGCAUACCCAUGCGAGUCCGCGCUCCCACCCCGGAAGGCCCCGAAGACGGUCGUGUGAGCAGCUGGGACACCAGCAUGUCUAGAAGUACCCACUCUACCAACCCGCUCGAGCGCAAAAAGCAGUCGACGGGCCCGGGUACUCCGGCUCAGUUGUCUGUUGGUCCCGUUCUCCAGCGUCGGAGCAAGUGGAUGAACUUUUUGUUGUAUCAAAUAUAUGUUCCCCUGCUCUUUCGUCUGCUUAAUAUAUCCCUCACUUCAUCCACCCUCGCUCUCGCCGUGCAUAUGCGCAAAGUCGAAUUGCGACUUCAUAUCCUGGGCAGUAUUGGCAGUUCACCGGUUGCGGUUGGAGGGAUUUGCGCAGUGCGUCCCUUGGCACUGGACGAGGGCGUACCUGUUGCUUCUCAAGCAAAGUUUACUACCGGCCACACUCUCUAUAUCCUUUAA